AUGGCCAGCUCGCCGCCGGCCUCUCCCGGGAACCAUAUGCCCCAGAGACCGAUGAGCGCAAUGGUGCGACCGACGCCCAGAAGUAAUAGCCGCAUGAGCAUGACCAGCAAGCACGGCGGCGGCAGCAGAGCUUCUGACGAAGAUGCCCGGACCGCCGUCAAAGUCGCCGUGCGCGUUCGGCCAGCACUCCAGCCCACAGACCCCGGAUACGAAUUAAUCCCCCAACGAUUUCAACGGUCCAUGGUCCAGGUCACCUCAAAUACGAACAUCGCCAUCGACUCGCCCCAAGGCAAGAAACUGUUCGUCUUCGACCGCGUUUUCGGCUCCGACGUGGACCAGGAGGGUAUCUGGGAAUACUUGAACGAUUGCGUCACCGCGUUUAUUCAGGGUUACAAUGUCUCGCUCCUGGCGUACGGACAAUCAGGAGCUGGAAAGUCGUACACGAUGGGCACGUCAGGGCCCAACGAGCAGAGCGACGUCGAGAUCAUGGGUGUCAUUCCCAGAGCGGCGACAGCGUUGUUCGAGAAGCUAGAUGGGUCGAAAAAGCAGGCGAACCGAGGCUCCAUGUCUCAACUGCGUACACCCAACCGAUAUUCGGCCCAAGGGGCGGCGGGCUCGUCAUCCGAACGAAACUGGUCCCUGAAGGCCACAUACGUCGAAAUCUACAACGAACAGCUGCGAGAUCUCCUAGUCCCGGACCACGUCCCACAGCAUGAGCGCACCAAUGUUACGAUUCGCGAAGACGUCAAGGGCAACAUCAUUCUGACCGGCCUGCGGCAAGUCGAGAUCAACUCGGUAGAAGACCUCAUGCGGGCAUUGAAUUUCGGCUCGACCCUCCGACAAACAGAUGCGACGGCCAUUAAUGCUAGGUCUUCCCGUUCCCACGCCGUAUUCAGUCUGAACUUGGUACAACGCAAGAACGGUCUGCAGGCCUCUAAUGGUGCCGACAAGCGGUUCUCCGUCCCCAUCGAAGCUAUGACGGGGUCUGAGACCUGGGUGACAACGGACAGCAAGCUCCAUUUCGUCGAUUUGGCCGGCAGUGAACGUCUCAAGAACACAGGUGCCCAAGGUGAACGCGCCAAGGAGGGUAUCUCGAUCAACGCCGGACUCGCCGCGCUCGGCAAGGUCAUUUCUCAGUUGUCAUCGCGCCAGGCUGGAUCGCACGUCUCCUACCGUGACUCCAAACUCACCCGCCUUCUACAAGACUCACUCGGCGGAAAUGCCAUCACCUACAUGAUUGCUUGCGUGACUCCGGCUGAGUUCCAUCUUAGCGAGACACUAAACACCGUCCAAUAUGCGCAGAGGGCCCGAGCUAUCCAGAGUAAACCCCGGAUCCAGCAGGUGGAAGAAGGUGACAAGCAGGCAGUCAUUGAUCGUCUGAAGGCCGAGGUCGCGUUUUUGCGGGAACAAAUCCGUAGUGCGGAGCGGGGAGGGGGCGAGCGACGCAUAGCCUCUGCAGGCGAGCGGUCCGAGCGACAGAACGAGAGGGAGGUCGAGUUGCAAAACCAGCUGCUGGACGCCCAAGAAAACUACACGACCCUGAGUCAACGUCACGCGAAGUUAAUUGCCGAGAUGGCUAAGGCCCGCGACAACGAACAGGCCGAGAACGACCAUCUCGAGGAGUCGCUGGGCGACACUGCAACGGAGCGUCUGAACCGCUCAAACUCCUUUGCCGCCGCCGUCGAACAAGUCGUUCUGGAAUACGAAAAGACGAUUCAGACCCUCGAGCAGUCCCUGUCCAACACCCGCGGCACUCUCUCAAACACCGAGGCGACUUUGUUGGAAAAAGAGUCCAAGUGCACGUAUAUCGAGACCAUCAACACUCAGCUGCAGGCACGACUACAGAAGCUCAUGGACCGAGAGGCCAGCACCGAGAACUACCUCCACGACCUAGAAAACAAGCUCGACGGCCACACCUCCGGAGAAGAGAAGAAUGCGACGAUCAUCGUGGAGCUCCGUAAGGAGAUCUCGCGCUUGAGGGAGAAUGAGGCUUCUUGCGAAGAUUAUAUCUCGACACUGGAAGAGCGACUUGCCGAGGCUGAUCAAGAUGCCGAGCUUAUGCAGCGCGAAAUCGACAGACUCGAGCAGGUCAUUGAGCGCCAACGGUCCCUCGGAAAGCUGGACUCUCUUCUCACCGAACUGGACCAUAUUCAAGGCGACAGCAAGGUUCCUGAGCCUGACGCAGAGGGCCCCAACGGUGUGGCGCGACGACAGUUUGCCGACCACUCCCGAAGCCACUCUCAUGUCAGCCGAAUGAGCCGCGACGUCAUCCCCGAAGGUGUUGAAGAGGAGUCAUCAUCAGGCAAGGCGACGGACUCGAGCGAGAGGAACGGAACCAGCGAGAAGGCCGGUGUGAGGACGCCCGACGCCCAGGAGCAAAAUCUCAACGCCGACAAGGACGAGUACCCGCCACCGAGCCCCGCGCAGUCCAAGUUUGUCCAGGACAAGCUCGAGAACGUCACUCAAGAACUUCUCGACUUGCGCGUCGAACACGAGACGACGAUCACCGAGUUUGACCUCUUGAACUCCAAGUAUGAGGAGGCAUUACGCACCUUGGCCGACCUCCAGGAUGCUAUCGACGAGUCGCGACACCCUGAGCGCAAGGUGCGAGACUCGAUGAUGUCUGUCACUUCUCCCAACCUUACAAGACCGCCUUCUUUCUUCUCGGACGCGAGGUCGAGCGACGUCAAGGAGAACGGCCAGUUCUCAUCUAGAUCACUGUCGUCAGAGUUGUCCUCUGCGAUGGAUUCACCCGCGAACGCCGACCCCUCUGAUGCCGAGACUGCGACUGCCAAGCCUGAAGGAGAGUCCGACGCCGAACACACUUCGACCGAGGAUCUCAUGCACCAGGACCUCCUUACCACAGAGGUCGAGAAAUUCAAGACACUCGCGGCUGAGAAGGAAUUGGCGGAGAAGGAGCUGGCUCAGAAGUAUACUCAACUUGAACAGAAGCACCACGAGGCUUUGGAUAUGCUCGAAGAGCUGAAGACAGAAGUCGCUCAAGCCAAGGCACUCGAGGUCACUUCGCCACGAAGCGGUCAACCCGUCAUCCGCCGCAAGUCGAGCCAGAACGUCAUGAUCAUUGAUCGCGCUCACCGAUCGUUCGCCUCGCUCCGUAACAUCGCUGCGGAGAACUUCGAAGAGCAGCCCGACGUCAUGCAGAACUUCGAGCUGAACCUGAACGCCGCAAUGCACGAGCUGCAUGCGCGGUCAGAGAGGAUCCAGGAACUCGAGGCCAAUAUCGCGUCGACCAAGAAAGAAAUCGAGACAAAGAUGACUAUCAUUUCCGGCCUCACUCGCGAGCGAUCCAGUUUGCAGGCAUCACCCAUGGACAUGUCUGUUGUGUCCACUCUGAAGAAUCAGCUCGAGGCUAGCGAGAAGCAGAUGAAGGAGAUGAGAGAGACUCACGAUGCUACCGAGAAGAAGCUGAUGGCCGAGCUCGAGAGCCUGCGUACAGCUGUUAAGGAAGAGGCCACUGUCGAGCAACCUUCAGAGACGGCCGUUGCCGCAGCUACCGCCGCCGCUGUUGCGGCUGUUCCCGAGGCAUCCACCGAGGUUACCGAUGUCAGCACCAGGGACGUGGCAACGACAGAGGAGAACGACAAGAAGAUUGUCGAGCUCCAGGCCGAGUUGUCCAGCUGGCAGACGAAGCACCAGACCGCCCUCGACACGAUGCAGGAGACAGAGACCAAGAUGAUGAACACGAUUGAGGAGCUCGAGUCUCAGAUCAUUGCGCUGAACUCCAAGGCUGCGGAGCAAUCUGCUUCGCGGAGCGUUGAAGAAGUCAAGGAGAUUGAGGAGAAGCAUGAGACUCUCGUCAAUGCCCUCCGUGACGAGAUCAAUGAGUACAAGUCGGCUAUCGAUGCCAACGCCUCCAAGGUUUCCGAGCUCGAGGCCGUCCACGAAGCCACGAAGACUGAACUGGAGGAGGCCAUCAAGGCCCGCGACCUGCACGAGACGCAAGCCAAGACACAGCAGAGCCUUAUUUCCAACCUCGAGAACCAAAUCGCUGCUCACGAGCAAGCCCUGAAGACUCAUCAAGACGGCAUGAAGUUGCUCCAGGAGAACCACGCCAAGGAACUGGAGGAGAUGAAGCAGUUGGAGCAGAAGGGCUACGAGGAGCAGGUCGCCGUUCUCCUGAACGAGCACGCCGAGAAUGUCCGAGUCCUCGAGUGCGAGCUGAACGACGCCCGGGAGGACCUUAUGAAGGUUGCUACUCAGGUCGCGUUUGCUCUUGGUCUCGACGUCAGCAUCGAAAAGAUCACAGAGCGCAUCGAAGACCUCAUCGCCGAUCAGAAGGCCCUGGGCGAAGAACAGAAGAAGUCUGGCGAGAUCCAGAAGCACGUGAACGAGCUUUCCACUAUCAACGACAACAUCUUGAAGGAGCUAGAGCAAGCCAAGUCGACAUUGACCGAUCUGCUUACCGCCGAAGGCGAGCCCAUCAAGAGCCCCGCUCCUCUUCCCGACCAGCUGUCCGCUAUUCGUAAGAAGAUCUCGGACCUGGAGCACAGGAACAAGAAGAACUCCCGUCUGGUGGAGGAGCUCGAGGAUCAACUGCAGAGCAACUUCGACCAGGUGCAGAUGACCAACAACCGCCUGUCCACCCUGCAGACAGAGCGUAAUGCCCAAAUCGAAGACGCACAGGCUGCUAAGUUCAAGGCCGAGUCGGAGCUUGAGGCGCUCAGGGCUGAGUAUGCCGCUCUUCAGGUCAAGAUCGACGAGGCCUCAAACUCCGGUCACGUCCAGCGAUCCAACUCCAUCAGUUCGCCGCUGCGGAAGAGCGCUUCAGCCGCCUCUUUGCCCUCUCCCCCGCCCGCCAUUCCUCUUCCCCCUUUACCCGGCUCCGGCCCGAAUGGAACGGUGCCCAGCACCCCGACACAGGGAAACCGCCCUGCCAGCAAGGACAACCACGGCUCGGUCAACCAGAUUCAAGAGGACCAGGAAGCCCGUAUACGCACCAUCGAGAAGCACCUCCAGGCCGAGAAGCAACUCACCCAAACCCUCGAGGAGGCGCUCACCGACCUCGAGCGCCAAUCCAACAAGGUCAAGGCCGACAGCGAUGCCUGGCGCAAACGCUGCGUGGAGCUGGAGGGCGAGAUCAAGGAGCUCAAGGACCGUCCUGCCCCGACACCCCAGCAAGACAACCGCUGGAGUCUCCAUGCCGUCGAGGAGGAGCGCAAGAAGCGACAGGCUGCCGAGGCGCAACAGCGCCUGCUGGAGGAGCGCAUGAACGCCUUGUCCAAGAAGAAGAAGAAGGGCUCCCUCAACUGCUUCUAG